GGAUGUGCAUAACUUAUUGUGUAUUUUUGUAAUUGUAUUAAUUUUGAUAUAUUCCUGAAGUACAUCUUAAAGACGUCUUUUUUUUUUUGUAGCUUUUCUAAACCAUUUCGGCAGAUGCUGGGAUUUGUUCCUAAGAGAAAUGAGAUGUAAGCUAAAAAGUAAUCCAGUGCUCCACUCAAAGAAAACUUUACACAAGUACAAUUAUACUCACUAAACAUCUGUAUUCUUAUUCCGCUGACGUUGCUCAAACUCAACACUCUAUUUUUCCACAGAAUUAUGAUGCUUUGUGAAGAUGAGAGCUAGAUUUAUAACAGAUUUUCAAGUGUGUGUGCUUGAAUAUUCCUUUACGAAAGAGAGUUGCUAAGAAGAACAUGAACAUCAUCUCAAUUAGUUUCAUGCUCAUCUUUUUUGAAAAAAUGCAUGCAAGCUGUUCAUGAAAUCACUUAAAAUUUUCAAGAAGGCUUUUAGAGAUGUGCAAAGUUGGAACAGUGCUGCAGGGCUGUUCCCCUGUCCAGUUGUGGCGCACUCAUUUAUGCAUAACUGUGAUUCUAGUGUUACUCAUGAUUAUUUUUUUACAGUAUGGUACAAACUUAUUGAUGUGUAGACAGCCACUGAACAAGAUGGUAGCUCCAGCCCUUGCUUGGAUUUCUUAUUCUUUAAACCAGAAAUUUGGCCUAAAUGAUAAAACUUCUACUGUUAAGAAUAGUUUUCAGCAGCCUGUGACAAAAGCUGAAUUUACUGCUGUAAAUAGUGAUUUUAAAAACACGUCAAAUGCUUCAGAAUCUGACUUGUUUAAAGUAAAAAAAUUAUCUGUAGCUACAGAGCAAGCUAAUGCUAGUCAUGAAGAAUCCCUCAAAGAGUGCCCUCUAGUGCCACCAAAUUUAGUUGGUCGAUUAAAAGUUCUUACUGAUUCACCAACAUUUGAUCAGUUAGAACAGAUGUUUUAUGAUUUGCUUCCUGGUGGACGCUUUAAACCAUCCAAUUGUCUUGCAAGAAGUAAAGUUGCCUUAAUAAUUCCUUACAGAGAUAGAGAAGAACACCUUAGAAUAUUUCUUCAUAAUAUGCAUCCUAUUCUCCAGAGACAGCAGUUAGAUUAUGGUAUAUAUGUUAUUGAAGAGACUGCUAACAUGAAAUUCAAUCGAGCAAUGUUAAUGAAUAUAGGUUAUGUUGAAGCCUUGAAGCAAUAUGAUUAUGAUUGCUUUAUAUUUCAUGACGUCGACUUAAUUCCAGAGGAUGACAGAAAUUUGUAUACCUGCCCGGAACAACCUAGACACAUGUCUGUGGCAAUAAAUACAAUGAAUUAUAGGUUGCCAUAUAAAGACAUUUUUGGUGGUGUAAGUGCCUUGACAAAAAAGCACAUGGAGAUUGUAAAUGGAUUUUCAAAUGAAUUUUGGGGAUGGGGUGGUGAAGAUGAUGACAUGUCCAAUAGAAUACGGCAUCAUGGAUUGAAAAUUUCAAGAUAUUCUCCUAAAAUAGCUCGAUAUACUAUGUUGAAGCACAAGAAGGAUGAACCUAAUCCAGAUAGGUAUAAUAAACUUUACAAAGGAAAAUACAGAUUCAAGAAAGAUGGUUUAAGCAAUUUACAAUAUAAACUUAUUGACGUAGUUUUAAAGAAACUGUACACAUGGGUACUUGUUGAAAUAGAAGCAAUUAAAAAAUAGCUUUCCGAUCUUGUGAUCUGCUGUUUAGCGAACUUCUCAAUGGGAGUCCUUUUCAAUCCUAAUACUGUAUUUUGAAAGUUAGAAAUUCUGCAUCCUCUCGCUAACUUUUUAUCUUGAUUUGAAAAUUUGAAAUUACAUAUCUUCAGAAUUAUGUGGAAGAAUCAGUUUCUUUACUGAAAAUGUUGCUCAACUUUAAGUAUGUAUAUCCUUAUGGGAUCUAGCAGUUUGUUUUGAUUGCAGAAUUUGAGAAAAUAACCUGUGGUAUUUUAUUUUAAAAUUUUUUCCUUGAAAAUGUGAACUUAAAAGUUCUUCAUUAACUGUGAAGAAAAGAAUAAGUUGCUGUGUCAUCUUCUGUAUUACAUUCUGUUUAGCAAGGAAAAAGUAUAAUUAUUUAAAUUCUAGUACAUAUGUUAAUAUGAUAAUUUACAUCAUUUGAAUAUGAUAUAUGCAGAAAAAGGAACUGGUUUAAAAUUUACAUGUAGAAAUGGAAAAGUCAUUGUUUUAAACUUUCAUAUGUGUUUUUUAUAAAUAUUUCUAUUAUAUAGUUAUUUAUUCAUAGAUUUACGACUUUAUUUUAUGUAUCAUUCACCUUAAUUAAAAAUUGUUCAUUUUUAAUAUAGGGUAAAUAUGUAUGAAAUGAUCAAUGUCAGAUUUGAUAUGUGCAUGUAUGUGAAUAUGUAUAUAUGUAAACGUUCUGUUGAUUCUUGUUUUGUGUGUCAUUUGAAUGAUCAUACAAUGACUCAAGUCAAUGGCAAACACUGUAGACAUAGGAUGACUCAAUUAUUGUUGAAGAUAUUGCUGAUGAAUUUUUAAACAAGAAUAGAAUCAAUUUUAUUCGCAAAAUUAUAAGGCCUGAGCCAAUUUUUCCAAAAUUUAAGUCUCAAAAACAUUUGCUGGCUGCAGGUAACAGCAGAUACUAUUGCUGAUGUUUUUUCUUCUUUUUUUGAAGUGUAACUCUUCAGAGAUUACAUAAUUUUCAUGAAACCUAUCUUCAAAAUAUUUUACAGAUGAUGAAAUAUAAUAGUUAAGGUUUCAAUGAAAUGGAAUGGCAUAUAGGUUGGAAUGGAACUGACAAUGCAAGUUAAUAACACUAUCUAGUUUUCCUAAUAAGAUGUUAAACGAUUAGGAAUUUUUAUUGAUGAUGAUGUAUAGGUUAAGUUUUGCUUUGUUUAGCAUGUAAUUACUCUAAAAUUUCUGGUGAGUGGUGUCACAGUUGCAAGAAAUAGAAAGUGAUGCUUCAGUUUAUCAAUUUAUAUAGACACGAAUAGUAUUUGCCAUGGCAUCCAUGGCAAACUUUUAUGAGCAGAAAGACCAAUUUAAGAUGCAUGUUUGCUCUGCCAGCUAUGCAGUAUAGGUUUAUCCAAUAUUGGAAAAUUUUUACUAAAAUAAAAAACAAAAAUUCCUCAAAUUAUCUUUGCAAACAAUUUUGGCAGUUGAAAACACCAACAGCAGUUAAAAUCCAUUCUAAAUAUGAUUUAAAUUAUUUGUCCUUGAAUCUUAUUGUUUAUUGAAAUGAAAUGCAAAUUAAUGAAAACACUGAGCUUGCUCAUGCGAAAUAAGAUAGUUAAACUGUGUAAAUAUGCUCAUGGCCUGACAUUUGUGCUCAGUGAUAAUGUAUUUUAUUAGCUUAGCCACUGAAUGUAUACAGUCAACAGGCCUACUGAUGGGUAUAACUGUUUAAAGGCAAUAAUUCUUGCACCAUACAAUCUGGUAGUGCUUUUUUACCAUAUUGGCCCAAAAUUUAGAUGGCCUUACGUGUCGGAUGAUCCUGCAUUUGUUUAGAUAUUUUGUAAGGGGGAAAAAAGUAGGAUUGCAUAUAAAUUUUCACAUAUAUGAACUUGGUAAGUUGAAGAUUUUCUGAAACUGAGGUAAUUAAAUGGUCUUGAAUACCUAACCUUGUAGGAGAAAUAAAUAAAUAUCUUUCAUUUUGAUAUAGAAGUUUAGGGAUAAGUGAGAAAUUAGCUUUUGAUUGUUUAUUAAUACUAUUAUUAUUUACUGUUAACUUAUUUAAGAUGAGUAGGGUUUUCCUAAAUGUUGAAACUAAAUAACGUUUGCAUAAUCCGAGUUCAGAAAACAAAACAUUUAUUUUACACAUUUUAAAGAAAUAACGUUCUGAAACAACAUGUUUCA